GUGAUGAUUCGCUGGUCAAUCCAACGUGGCUAUGUGACUCUGCCCAAAUCUGUCACAGAGUCUCGUAUCAAAUCAAACGCCGACCUGUUCGGGUUCAAGUUGUCCGAUGAGGAGAUGAAUACUUUGGCCAACUUAGACGAGCAUCUCACAACAGGGUGGGAUCCUACGACAAUGAAGUAG